AUGAAUCGAACUUUAUUUGACUGUGGGAUCAAGAGAGAAGUGGAAACGAGGAACGGUCGAUUGUUGGAUGUUACAGCAACAUUACCAAAGUCCAUUGAGUUGCCCAAGAAACAUGUUAAAUGUGAGAUUUGCAAUGGAUUGUUCACGGCAGAAAAGUACCUUCGAACCCACGUUCGAUUCAAGCAUAACUCUAAUCUAUUCAACCUUGGCAAAGAUUCGUCGUUCUGUAAUAACCAUGUCGAUAGUGGUUUAUCGAAGAGUACCGAGUUGCAUGCGAAAAAGGCAACCAGCAAAGAAGGUGAAGAAACUAACGACGAAAUAACUAUAGAGACCAAGAGAAAUCCCCAGAAACCUGACAACAGACGGGGCCGUAAUCAGAGGAAAUCCUAUAAAGUAGAAUUUAAGGUAAAAACUAUCGAACUCCUAGAUUCCCUCAAAGGAACAAAGACUAAGAAGAAGUGGCAAAAGUGGAACAAGAACAGAGACAAAUUGCGGGCGGAACUUGACCUCAACAAGAGGAAGAAAAACGCAGGAGGUGUGAAGGCGGCACGACAAAGGAGGAAACUUGUGCACGAGAAAGCACAGAAAAGCGAGAAGUAUCCAUUAGCUGCCCAGCGUCUAAUGGUUGAAUUCAAGCUUCGCAGAGCCAACGGCUGUAAAGUAUCAAAGCUUUGGCUAAAACAGAAGAUGAAAGCAAAUAUUGAGCUAUGUUAUGGAAAAGAAGAGGCUGCUAAAUUCAGAGGAAGCAGCAACUGGUUUCAAAGAUUUAAGAAGCGCCACAACAUUUCGUUUCGACACAGAUCAAACAAGAAGCAGAAUUCUGCAGAUGAUGGGCGUGAAACCAUUCAAAGAUUUCACCGAAAUUUGCGAAAGGCGGUAAAGUCGAGGAGAAGGCGAAGUAGUUCAACUUUGGAUGCUAAAUAUGGGCGUUGGUCUCCAGAGAAUAGAUAUAACAUUGAUCAAGUCCCCCUCCCUUUCGUGGUUGAUCAGGAUAAAACCUAUGAUGUCACAGGCAACAAGCAGGUGUGGGUUUCUCAGCCCUCAACUGGUCUGGAUAAGAGGCAGGCCACUCUUCAGCUUUGUAUACGGGCAGAAGGGGAACAGCGUGUGAAGCCAGCUAUUGUGUUUAGGGGUAAAGGCAACGUGUCUAGUGCUGUAAGAGCAGAGUAUGAUAGAGACGUGGAUGUGUAUUUCCAGAGAUGUGCUUGGAUGGACUCUGAAAUAAACAUGCAAUGGGUAUCUGGAACUUUACUACCUGGAGUAGGCAACUCACCAAACGAGAAAGUAAUUUUCGCUGACAAUGUUGGAUUUCAGCAGGUAAAGCAAUUUCAUGAGGCCUGCAGGGAGGAAAUAAAUGCUAUUGUCUAUCUCCUGCCAGAGAACCAAACUGACAAGGUACAGCCUAUAGAUGCUGGGUAUGGGAAAUUGAUAAAGUCUAAAGUAGGAGAGGCAAUGGAAGGGUGGUUGGAGAAAGAGGCUAAUUUAGAGGAAUGGCAUGAUAAAUUAAGUGCCAAAAGAAGACGGAUUCUCAUGACACAGUGGACUGCUCAGGCUUGGAGGGAACUCUCAACUAAUAAAGGCCUAUGCAAGAAACUGUUUGAGAAAACUGGCUGCCUUAUGACAGCCGAUGGUUCAAAUGAUGACCAGAUCAGGCCACAGGGACUAGAAUCCUAUGUGUUUUAUAAAAACAAACACAUUUACAGUUGA